CGGUCGGCUACUCUGCAACCUUUUCUUUUGCCCGCAAGCGCAAAUACCAACUCAUCUUUUCAUCAAUGGCUGCCGCUGCACCGCCACCGCCACCGACUCCAGCGCCGGUGGAAGCAAUGCCAGAGCCAAUGCCGGUGGCUCGCCCUCUCUUCUCCCGCGUGCGUCUGGCCACCCCCCUAGACGUCCCUCACAUCCACAAGCUCAUUCACCAGAUGGCCGUGUUCGAGCGCCUUACCCAUCUCUUCUCUGCUACUGAGUCCUCUCUCUCCUCCACUCUCUUCAAUUCUCAGCCAUUCCACUCCUUCACCAUCUUCAUCCUCGAAGUUUCCCCCAACCCAUUCCCUGAAUCGAGCUUCAAUCCAUUCUACAAACCGUCUGUUCGUGUUGUGAAUCUGGACCUUCCGAUUGAUGAUCCGGAGAGAGAGACGUUCAAAUCGGAAGGCGAUGAUGUUGUGGUUGCUGGGUUUGUGCUCUUCUUUCCCAAUUACUCCACGUUUCUCGCUAAGCCUGGGUUCUAUAUCGAGGAUUUGUUUGUGAGAGAGUGUUACAGAAGGAAAGGGUUCGGGAAAAUGCUGCUUUCGGCGGUCGCGAAGCAAGCGGUGGAGAUGGGGUAUGGAAGAGUGGAGUGGGUCGUGCUUGAUUGGAACGUCAAUGCCAUCCAGUUUUAUGAGGAUAUGGGAGCUAAGAUCUUGCAGGAAUGGAGGAUUUGCAGGUUAACUGGCGAGGCCCUCCAAGCUUACGGAAAUGCUGACUAAUUUUUAACCCGCUUAUACUGUGUUAAUCUGUUUCGAGUUGAUUUCCCGUUGAGGACAGUGUUUGAAAUCGAGUUUGAAUGGCUGAAUUUAAGGUUACUUUUACUUUUAGGAGCUCAGUUUAAGAUGUUAGCCCGGUAACUAUCUUCGAGAGUUUGCUUUAGCUUCUUUAUCAGCUGUAAAAUCAUCAUACUUUUUUUAUACCAACGAUAACUUUCUCCCACGAUCACCAAUCCCAGUUU